UCUGCGCGCGAGCGGGAGAAGGGAGGGAAGGAAUAAUAACAACAAUAAAAAAAGACUACAUCCCCCAGAGUGCUUCGGACGGCAUGUGCGCCUGCGCGCGGGGUCCUUUUCUGCCUGCCAUCUUGGCCGCCUUCAGCUGCCGCCGACGCCAAACAAGCCCCCGAAGGUGCCCGCCGGGCUGUGCGCUGGCGACGGGGCGCGGAAGAUAGAGGAGAAGGGCGGGAUCCAUGGUCGCUCCGGGGGCGGAUUGGCAGGUGGGUCCCCCCGGGCGGGAAGGAGGAGGAGGAAGGGUGGCUGAGCUCCGUGGGAGCAGACCGACCGAGGAACGAUGCCUGUUGUGUGGCCAACCCUUCUGGAUCUCAGCAGGGAUGAGUGCAAAAGGGUCCUUCGCAAACUCGAAUUGGAGGCAUAUGCCGGAGUCAUCACUGCCUUGCGUGCGCAGGGGGAUCUCACGAAAGAGAAGAAAGACCUCCUUGGGGAACUCUCCAGAGUGCUUAGUAUUUCAACUGAAAGACAUCGAGCUGAAGUUCGAAGGGCGGUCAACGAUGAGCGGUUGACGACUAUUGCACAUAACAUGUCUGGGCCCAACAGCUCUUCCGAAUGGUCCAUCGAAGGCCGCCGGUUAGUCCCUCUGAUGCCCCGGCUGGUUCCCCAGACUGCUUUCACUGUCACAGCAAAUGCUGUUGCCAACGCGGCUCUCCAGCACAACGCGGCUCUCCCUUCCCCAGCCGAGACAGGAAGCAAAGAAGGUGAGGUGGUGGUUUCCUACUCUUACACGAGUACCACCUCCACCCCGACGUCAACCCCGGUUCCAAGCGGCAGCAUCGCCACUGUGAAAUCCCCGAGGCCUGCCAGUCCAGCUUCCAACGUUGUCGUCUUGCCAAGCGGAAGUGCUGUUUACGUCAAAAGUGUGAGCUGCUCAGACGACGACGAGAAGCCCCGCAAAAGGCGCCGUACCAACUCCUCAAGCUCCUCCCCCGUCCUCCUGAAGGAGGUUCCGAAGGCCGUCACGCCGGUCACCAAGACCAUCACGGUGCCCGUCAGCGGGAGCCCCAAGAUGAGCAGCAUCAUGCAGAGCAUCGCCAACUCCUUACCGCCACACAUGUCCCCGGUGAAGAUUACCUUCACGAAGCCGUCCACCCAGACUACCAACACAACCACCCAGAAGGUAAUCAUAGUAACCACAUCUCCUAGUUCCACCUUUGUCCCCAACAUCCUCUCAAAGUCUCACAACUAUGCAGCCGUCACCAAACUUGUCCCGACAUCGGUCAUCGCCUCCACCACUCAGAAGCAGCCGGUGGUUAUAACGGCAUCCCAGUCCUCGUUGGCCAGCACCACCACCAGCACCUCUGCCGGGGGCUGUUCCAUUCCUUCCACAGCUCCCAGCACAGUUGCGGUGACCACCGUGGUAUCCUCGACGCCGUCUGUGGUUAUGUCAACAGUAGCACAAGGUGUCUGCACAUCGGCCAUUAAAGUUGCCUCGGCCAGGUUGCCUUCGCCCAAGAGCCUGGUGGGGACGCCAGCCCAGAUCCUGGCACCGUUUCCCAAACAGCAGCAGCAACAGCCGUCCCCCAAACAGCAGCUUCAGCAGGCGCACCAGCAGCUCACCCAGGCUUUGCCCGUGGCCCAGCAGCCCCCGCAGCAGCACCCAGCCCCGCUCCCCCAGCAGUCUCCCCUGCCGCCAGGCAUCAAGCCCACCAUCCAGAUCAAACAGGAAUCAGGUGUCAAAAUAAUCACCCAACAAGUACAGCCCAGCAAAAUCCUCCCCAAGCCGGUCACGGCCACUUUGCCCAGCAGUAGCAAUUCCCCUAUUAUGGUGGUGAGCAGUAACGGGACCAUCAUGACAACCAAACUGGUCACGGCCCCUGCUGGGACUCAAGCGACUUACACUCGUCCAACGGUUAGCCCGUCCAUUGCGACGCGCAUGACUGGCACACCAGGUGGUGCAACUUACAUGAAGACCACCAGCGGCAGCAUCAUUACGGUUGUCCCCAAAUCACUUGCCACACUGGGAGGCAAGAUCAUCAGCAGCAAUAUUGUUUCCGGUAACUCCUUGAUGAAGACCUAUUUCCAACAAAAAGGCACUACGACCAAAAUCACGACCAUCCCCGUGACAUCCAAGCCCAACGUGAUAGUCGUGCAAAAGACGACUGGCAAAGGCACCACCAUCCAAGGCCUUCCUGGCAAAAAUGUGGUCACGACGUUGCUCAAUGCAGGGGGGGAGAAAACGAUCCAGGCAGUGCCCGCUGGAGCGAAGCCAGCCAUCAUCACAGCCACCAGGCCCAUCACCAAAAUGAUCGUCACGCAGCCCAAAGGGAUCGGGUCUACCGUCCAGCCAGCUACCAAAAUCAUCCCGACCAAAAUAGUGUAUGGGCAGCAAGGGAAAACGCAGGUCCUUAUCAAGCCAAAGCCAGUAACCUUCCAGGCGACGGUUGUGAGUGAGCAGACGAGGCAGCUGGUAACGGAAACGCUGCAGCAAGCAUCCCGAGUGGUGGAGACGGGGACCGCUUUGCUGCCGGAGCUGAAAGAAGAGACUCAGGCGUACGCUGACAGCAGUUCCUCUCUGACAGAAUCCUCACAGGGCUGCCAAGAUUCCCAGCCUGUGGUUCAUGUCAUCGCUUCCCGAAGCCAGGAUUGGUCUGAACACGAGAUUGCUGUGGACUCCAGCCCCACCAUAAUCUACCAGGAUGUCUCCAGUGAAUCUCAGUCGGCCACUUCAACAAUCAAAGCGCUGUUGGAGCUCCAGCAAACGACAGUGAAGGAGAAAUUGGAAUCCAAGCCAAGGCAGCCGACGAUUGACCUGAGCCAAAUGGCUGUCCCCAUCCAGAUGGCUCAAGAGAAGCGGCAUUCUCCAGAAAGCCCAUCGAUUGCUGUGGUGGAGUCAGAGCUGGUUGCGGAAUAUAUCACCACCGACUCAGGAGGACAGCACUGUGUUCCUUCACAUUCGGAAGAAUAUCUCCAAAGCCACAUAGUUAGCCACCGGUCUCAGCCUCACCAGCAGUCCUCCCAGCCCCAGCGGACUCUGCUGCAACACGUGGCUCAGUCCCAGACGGCAACGCAGACGUCCGUCGUGGUGAAGUCCAUCCCUGCGUCCUCCGCUAGUGCCAUCACCCACAUCAUGCAGCAGGCCCUGAGCAGCAGCCACACGGCCUUCACCAAGCACAGCGAGCCCCUCGGGACGGAGGAAGGGGAGGUGGAGGAGAUGGACACCUUGGACCCGCAGACGGGGCUCUUCUACCGCUCGGCCUUGGUGCAGAAGCAGCAGAAGCUGAGCCAGCCGCCGCUGGAGCAGACGCAGCUGCAGGUCAAGACCCUCCAGUGCUUCCAGGCCAAGCAGAAGCAGACCAUCCACCUGCAGGCGGAGCAGCUCCCCCACAAGCUACCGCAGAUGCCCCAGCUCUCCAUCCGGCACCACAAGCUCGCCCCGCUACCGCAGGACCCGGCCCAGCCCAAGCUGGAUGCCCUGCAGGCCUCUCCCCACCCCACGUUAGCACGCGAGAGGCAGCUCCCCACCUUGGUGGCCCAGCCCCAACAGACGGUGGUCCAGGUCCUGGCCGUCAAGACCACCCAGCAGCUGCCCAAGCUGCAGCAGGCGCCCACAGCCCAGAAGAUCUACGUCCAGUCCCCCCAGGGCCAAGUGCAGCUCUCAGCCCCUUCCGAGAAGCAGCCGGUGAGCCAGGUGCACCAGCCCAUAAUAACCCAAGGAUCCUCUGUUACAAAGAUAACUUUCGAAGGCCACCAGCCGCCUACCGUCUCCAAGGUGGCUAGUGUCAGUUCGGUGCCGAAGCUGGCGCCGCCACUCCCAAACCUCUUUCCCGCCCAGGUGUCAGCAAAGACGGCGGUAGCGGACAUUUUGAAAAUGUCCAUGAUGGAAGCUCAGAUUGACACGAGCGUCGACCGUAUGCUAGUGGACCCACCCAGCAGCAAGGCUUCUCCUGCCAGCAGCCUGCCCGGCGAAGCAGAAUCGGUGCACCCCGCCUCAGUGCUGAGGGUGGCCACGGUUGGGACGGCGACGGCAGUGGCUGCGUCUGUCCUCCAGCAACCCAAGCGCUUGGACUCCGCUUCGGGCCCUCCUGCUGUCGGGCUUUCUUUGCCAGAGAGGAAACAGACUGUCGUGGCUCCACCUGCAGCCAGCCAGUUCAUUCGCAUCCAGAAUAUCUCCCCAAAGAAAGCAGAAGAGAUUCCUGCAGAGAUCUUGAUCCAGACGAUCCCUCAGUAUUCCGUGGCAUGUCAUUCCACCUCCAACGUGGUUGUAGAGCCCAGCGGCCUCCUUGAGCUCAACAACUUCACCAGCCAACGCCUCGACGAUGAGGAGACUGUGAUGGAACAGGACGUCGACAGCAGCAACGAGGAAGGAACUGAGCCCAGCCCGAUGCAGAGUUCCGAACAAUCGUAGCGCAUCUGGGCCGCAGGCGUGCACUUUAGAAACAAAAGGAAGUCGGCUGCUUGUGUCGAAGAGGCCCUUGUAUUAUUCUUCAGAAGCACUUUGCCUGUCAGAGGCAUUCGGGGGAUGCGCCAAGCGUCGGUGAGACAGUAUUGGCGUGGUGCGGUCAUGAAACAAUUUCAGAGGGAGGUGGUGCUGCCAUGCUGCAGUAAGCGUACGACAGUGGGAAUGUAUUUUCUUCGAGCAAAGAAGACAAAAAACAUGCAGCGGUUUUAUUUUAUUUUUAAAGGUGUGCUGAAGUGUGCUUGGGGGGGUGGAGUUGCGACAAUAUUCUGGACUAGCUGCUAAAACCUCGUUUGAAAACAUCAGCAGCGAUCUGUGUUUGCAGUUGAAUGAAACUCCAUCACAAGGAAAUGUUUGUAAUUUUUUUUUUUAAAAAAAAAUUAGCACGCCUGGUCCUUUGGUGCUGGGAAAGCAUCUAAGAAGUUUUGUCAAGUGCGUUGAGGUGGCUUCCCUGCACUAAUGUGCCAAUUUUUUUGUUUUGUUUUUAAAUAAGCUUAAGAAGAUUGGCUCUUUUUUUAAAAAAAAACAACAGAAAUGAACCAUUAUUGUCCAGCAAUACUUGGGAUCGUUGGGGAAAACAUACUGCGAGGAGAUCCUCUUACUGGCCAGACAUCAAGAAAGCAUUUCUCUGUCAUGCACAGAUGAAAUAGUCCCACAUUGGUGAUAUUUUUAUUUAUUUAAGUAUAAAAACUGAAAGAGAAUUCUAGCUGAUGGUCCUGGGUCCUGUUAAACAAGCCCAGUAAUCUUAGACUUUUCUCAAACAACACGGUUUAAUCUUUAAGCUGCAGGAUGGGAGAAAUAUAUCUCAACUUCAAAAAAAGAUUUGUUCAGAACAAGGGCAUUGAUAAUCCAAGAUAUGAACUCUCUUGUGGGUUGCAGCAUUCAGAAAUUUCUGUUAUACGUAACAUGCUUUUUUUGGUGUUUUUUUUUUUUUAAGGAAAUUAUGACUGUUAGGAAGCUUUAAAAAAACUGACUUUUUUAUAGUUUUGUUCUUGAGGUGAUCCUUUCCAGCCUUAUCUGUUUUGUUUGCACAACAAAUAACACAUUGGGGGUUUGCGAUAGCUAAAUCAACCAGAGUUUAAAAAAAAAAAAAAGUCUGUACAUCUUAGUGAUGAAGACAGUGCUUUUUUAAAAAAAGAAAGAAAAGAGAACUGUAUAUUGGAACAGGUUUUUAACUUUUUUUUUGUAUAGAUUUCAUUAUAAAUAAGCAUUUUAAGAUUUUUGAUGUAUCCUGUAUAUAAACAUAUCAGUUCAACUGCCCGUUUUUGGUGCUGAAAUACUACUUUAAGUAGACAUUCUCUGAAGGCUCUAAUACAACUUGUGUCAAAUAUUUUCUAAACUGUGAUUUUAGUGUUUUGUAAUUAAAUGGCCACUUGAGAGAACUUUCCGGGAACUGAAGUAUGAUGAUAAAAACAUUCCGUUCUCCUUUUUAAGCAUCCUCUGUGUGUGUAACCCUUUCCUUCCCCCAGAUGGUGCUGUUGGCCAUUCUUGAACUUCUGAUGGUCGUUAACUUCUCUAUAAAAGCCUUUUCCCCUGUUGUGAUAAUCCUACUCAUUUGCUCCAGACCAAAGAGAAGUUGUUCAGUGACCCUUGCUGUACUCUGUGUGAGUCUGUGUGUGCUUCUUUAAACAUGACACAGCAGUGCCUUCUUCGGAUGCCCAGCAGAAGCUGUUCUCGAGAUGGACGUCUUCCAUAUAAAGUUCCCCUCUGAAUAGCUAAGAGAGAUGUGAAUUCAGUGUCUGUUUCACUUCCAUGAUAGCAGUUCCGAUCCAGUUUGAGAAGGGAAGGACCAUUGCUCAGUGGUAGGCCAUCUCCCUUGCAUGCAGAAAGCCCCAGGUCCAGUCCCCAGCAUCUCCAGGUAGGGCUGAGAAUGUACUCCAGCAGAAACUGGAGAGCCACUG